GAGGGAGAGACUUGCGCACAGUGCGUAAAGGACACACACGUACCCAAAAGCCUCGCGUUUCGCUCUCCUCAAGCCAACAAACGCUUGCUCAUUUCAACAGCACUUUUAUACCUGUGCUUUCCUCGGUUUUACCUCAACAAACAAAACACCUACAGCUUUAUCAGUGUGACGGAUACAUGUGUAAGAAGAGGCGGGCGUUCCUGUAGAAAUCUCCCACUGUUUUUCCACCAGAUACACAGCUUUUUCUUUGCUGAAAUCGCGAAGAUGGGAAUUAUAAAAGAGCAGCAACUUUUUAUGAAGACCCCUUCAGACCUCAUUGGAUUCCAUCGCGCCGCAAACCGGAGAUCAACAAACACGCGUUUGGAGUUUUAACCGGAUUUGAAGAGACCAAAUCUCUGAUGUGUGAACUUAUUUCGCUGAAAGAACAUACGCUGGUGCUUUUGGUCACUUUUGAAGCUAGUAUUAUGACAGGCUUCGGCUCCUGAAAGAUUGAGGUUAAGUUGGUUUUAUAUUCGCGCAUCCGUUCGUUUUAAUAUUGUUUACCAUAUUCGCUUAUUUAUAUUCGCAUGUUCGGUCUGAAAUCGCAUUCAAGUAUGACUUAAACUAUUUAGUUGACUGUGAACAAUGUUGCACUUUAACAGUCAUUGGCUGCUAAUAUGAUCUCCUUUAUUAGAAUACUGCAAGUAUAUUAUUAAGGAGAACCGACUUCACAUCAGUUCAUGGAAGACCCUCUUGUAUCCGGAUGGUCGCGCUCCUCAAAGCGGCUCUAAUGAAGGAUCCUCCAAAAGUCUCGCAAUGGCUCGAUCAAAAACGCAAUAUAAGCUCUCAUCUCCUGGCCUGAGCCCGUCUGAUCUCCUUCGUCAGUGAUCUGUCAGGUUUGCAGCGAUCAUCAUGGUCGCGACCGCGCUGAUGGUUCUGAUGGUCACUCAGGUGUUUUUUGCGGGCUCCAGUGGACUCGUGCCUCAGGUCGGCCAGUCCUCUCUGUCUCCGGACGUCCUGCACGCGUUUGAACUCCGGCUUCUGAGCAUGUUUGGACUCCAGCACAGACCCACUCCCAGCAGCUCCGCUGUGGUUCCGCAAUACAUGCUGGACUUGUACUCGGCGCACUCUGUGAACGCAGAGCAGGUUAGCAGACCCAGAGCUCAUUUAGGGAAAGGCUCCGAGAGAUCCGCCAGCAGAGCCAACACUAUCAGGAGCUUCCACCAUGACGAAUCCACAGAAGAUCUGUCCAGCUCCAGUGUUAAGACGACGCAGCGGUUCCUCUUCAACCUGACAUCCAUCCCAGAUGAGGAGUUGGUGACGUCAGCAGAGCUGCGCGUUUUCAGAGAGCAGAUCGUGAGUUCGCUGAACAACGCUAGUGUGGGAUUUCACCGCAUUAACAUUCACGAAAUCAUCAGGCCGUCCGGUUCUCUUCAGGAGCCCAUCACCAGACUAUUGGACACCAGGCUUGUUCAGCACAGCUUGAGCAAAUGGGAGAGCUUUGACGUAACUCCUGCUGUCUUAAAGUGGACCACAGACGGACACCCUAAUCAUGGGAUAAUGGUGGAAAUAUCACACCCAGAUCAAGACUCCAAAAAACAUGUGCGCGUAAGUCGGUCCCUGCACAACAAUGAGGACACGUGGUCUCAAAUGAGGCCACUUUUGGUGACCUACAGCCAUGAUGGAAAGGGAAACGUGCUGCAUUCUCGUGAAAAACGACAAGCAAGGAAUAACAAGCAGAGAAAGAAGCAUAAAGCAAACUGCAGGAGACAUUCCCUGUACGUGGACUUCAGCGAUGUGGGCUGGAAUGACUGGAUUGUGGCGCCGCCGGGUUACCAUGCAUUUUACUGCCAGGGCGAGUGCCCAUUUCCACUGGCAGACCACCUGAACUCCACUAACCACGCUAUCGUGCAGACACUGGUGAACUCGGUGAACAGCAACAUUCCCCGAGCCUGCUGCGUGCCCACUGACCUCAGUCCAGUUUCUCUGCUAUAUCUGGACGAGUACGAGCGGGUCAUCUUAAAAAACUACCAGGACAUGGUGGUGGAGGGAUGCGGAUGCCGCUGAGGCCACCCCUGACACUUUAUUUUGGUUUCCCAACACUAAACUUUAUUUAUAAUAAAGUAAACGCAUAUUUUGGAAAGUAUAUAAAAGAUAUUUAUGUCCACUAUUGGGAAAAUAAAUAUUUUAAUCAGAGUUAAAGGUUUCUGAUGUGCAUUUCCAUUAGUUCCAUUAUUAUUAUGCAGCUAUGUUGUCUUUGUCCAUGCACUGUU